GGCACCGGGCAGUUAUGGGUGAUGAGUCAGUACCAUUUUUGCUGGACCAAGGAACCACUAAAACAUAUCAAAUACCUAUUAGUCAUCUGGACUACAAAUUCAUUGAAAAAUGCACAGAUGUUAAGCAUCUGGAAAAGAUUCUCAGAGUAUUAAGGUCUGGUGAAGAGGGAUGUUACCCUGAACUUACGUUGGUUUGUGAAAAGCGUAUUGAGCAUUUAGAUCCAAAGAGCAGAGCUCUGAGAACAGAUAAGCCUGCAGCCACAGCUUCUGAUUUCACAGCUGAGGAGUGGGAAACAAUUAAUGAUGAGCUGAUGAGCUGGCUGACAGAAAUGAAUGAAGAUGAUAAGAAAUCACAGUUCCUGAGAACAGACACACCAAAUGAAAAUCAAGAUAACUUGCCUCCCAUUCGUUGUUCCAGCAGCUGUCUUCCUGCUAAUCAGAACAGGACACUGCAAAACAAACAAAGAAACAAGAAGAACAUUCCACGGGAUUACAGUGAAUGGGAAAAGUUCGAUGUGGAAAAGGAAUGUUCUAAAAUUGAUGAAAGCUGUGAAGAAAGUAACUCAAAAUCAAGAUUCUUCAAUAGGCCAAGUCUGCCUAUUAUCAAAAAUACAAUAGACACAACUGGAAUGACAAAGAGAGAGAAAAUCUUUGUUGCUACUCGUGAAAAAGAAAAGGGCAAUGAAGCCUUUGCCAUUGGCGAUUAUAUGGAAGCAGUGACAUAUUACACUCGGAGUAUAUCAGUAAUACCGACUGCAGCUGCAUAUAACAACAAAGCUCAAGCAGAAAUCAAACUUCAGGACUGGGACAGUGCUUUGCAGGAUUGUGAGAAGGUACUAGAUAUGGAACCUGGCAACAUAAAAGCUCUGCUGCGCCGUGCCACUGUACACAGUCAGCUGCAGAAUUAUCAAACAGCCAUAGAGGAUCUGAAUAAAGUAUUGGGUGUUGAACCAGAAAACCCUAUAGCUAAGAAAAAUCUGCUGGAGAUUGAAGAGAAACUGAAAGGUUUAAAGCCUGUAUCUGAGAUUCAAGGCAAAGGAAAAAGAAUACUUAUUCAAGAGAUAGAGGAUUCAGAAUGUAAUGAAGAAAGAGGGGAAAAUACAGAAGAAUGUGAAAGAAGUGGUGGAGAUAAAAGAACCGCUGUGCCAGUGGCGGCCGAGGCGGCGGCGGGGGAGCCCGCGAUGGGCAACGCGCACAGAAAGUUCCGUAGCAAAGGAGGCGGCGGUAAGGCGGAGGGCAGAGAGAAGCAGAAGCAGAAGGAGCCCACUGAGAGCGGAUUAAAAAAAGACACAGCAGAGGAGAAACCAGGAAAGCAUUUGUCAGACCACGAAGGCGAAGUUAAUGGCUAUUUACACACUGAUCAGAAGAGUGAAAGCUCUGAGUCUGGGAGCUCCAGAUGGUAUACCGCAGGGUCUCAGUGGGCUGGUGGUGCCAGUCCUACUUCGCUUCCUGCUAUUGCAGCAAAACUAAAAAGUGAAGGAAACGAGUUAUUUAAGAGUGGACAGUUUGGAGAAGCUGUGCUCAAAUACUCGGAAGCAAUUGAAUAUGUCGUUGGUCUAGGAGAACGAAGUCCAGAUGAUUUAAGUAUCUUGUACUCAAACAGAGCAGCAUGUUACCUCAAAGAAGGGAACUGCAGUGACUGCAUUCAGGAUUGUAACAGAGCUCUGGAGCUUCAACCAUUUUCCCUUAAGCCUCUUCUGCGACGAGCAAUGGCAAAUGAGUCAAUGGAGCGGUAUCGACAGGCAUACAUUGAUUAUAAAACAGUCCUACAAAUAGACAGCAGCAUCCAAGCAGCAAAUGAUAGUGCUAAUAGAAUAACAAAGACUUUAAUAGAUCAGGAUGGUCCCAGUUGGAGGGAGAAACUGCCACCAAUUCCAGCUGUUCCAGUUGCUGCUCAGUUACACAGGUGGGAUGGAGGAAACUUCACUUCAGAGAAUAAGCCAGAAAGUACUGUAGAUGUCAACAGAGAAGAACAAUUGGAAAUGAAUUGUGAGGAAGCUAUGGAGAAAUUCAAGAGAUUGAAAAAUGAAGGGAAUGAUUUUGUAAAAAUGGGGGAAUAUGACGAAGCUAUAAAUAAAUACAGUGAAUGCAUGAAGUUAAAUGCUGAGGAAUGUACGGUCUACACUAACAGAGCUCUCUGUUACUUGAAACUGUAUAAAUAUGAAGAGGCUAAGCAGGAUUGUGAUCAUGUUCUUCAGAUAGAAGAUUCUAAUAUUAAAGCUUUUUAUAGAAGAGCACUAGCGUACAAAGGAUUACAGAAUUAUCAAGCCAGUGUUGAUGAUUUCAACAAGGUACUUCUGAUAGAUCCAAAUGUUCUUGAAGCACAAAAGGAACUAGAGGAGGUAACCCAACUGCUUCACCUUGACAGCAGUGCUGGAGCUGGCAGUCCACAAAAGCAAAGGAAGAAAGUAACCAUACAAGAGGUGACUGGACAUGAUGAACAGGAAGAGAGACAGUUUGCUACAUCAGAUGAUGUUGUGACUGAUCACGUUACUUCCAAAGAAGCAGUUCAAAAGAAUGUGCCACUGAAGUCCUCUGAGAAACUGCGCAUUUGUGAACCAUCUAAUGCCUAUGACUUUGGUCAGAUUAUAAAUGCAGUGAAUGCCAAUAAGGAUUAUGCUGCUUGUGCAGAUCUUUUAACAAUUACUGAUCCGAAAAAAUUGCCAGUGCUGCUGAGUAACAAACUUGAAGGAGAAAUCCUUCUGAUAUUUAUCCAGUCAUUGGAACAUUAUGUAGCUGGAAAAGAUCCUGGCCUUGUAUAUCAGCACCUUUUCUACUUGAGCAAAGCAGAAAGAUUUAAGGUGGUGUUGGCCCUUCUUAGCAAAAAUGAAAAAGAAGAAGUGCAGCAACUGUUUGACUUACUUUCAGAAAACCAGAGUGAUCAGUACUCAUUGGAAGAUCUUGAGAGCCUUAAAAAGGUUUAUGAACUUUAAGAAGUUAAAGUUUAUUGUCUGCAUGUGGAUAGUUCAUGUGUAAAAGAUGGAUCUAUGAUCUGCAGACUUGAAUGAGUUCAAGUGGGUCUUUACCUGGAGUGCUGAAAUUUUAUUUUGUUUUGACAGCGUAUGCACAUUUAAAACUUGCUGCUCUUCUUUUCUUGUAGUUGUAUACAUCUCUAGAACUUAAUGCAUGCCUGUGUUCAGUAACAGAGUUCAUUUUAUUUGGCAUACUGAUUUUAUUUAGACUGUAUUAAUUAUAUAUAGAAAAAUAUGUUUUACAUUAUAUAUAUAUAAUGUGAAUUAUCUUGAUGGUGCAAUAGAUACAUACACUUUUAGUCAUCACUUGUUAUAUCAUUUGGUGAGUUCUAAGUUCUUGAGAUAAAGAAGUGAGAUAAAUGGGUCAGUUAGCAGUAGUUUUGCUAAAAUAAGUUUACAAAAAGUAUUAACACUUUUCAGAUAAACUACUACAGGCCACCUCUUUCUUUGGUAUCCCUGGUCUAUACAAAACAGAUUUAAAUAUUUUGGCACAAUACAACUUAGUAGCAAAGGUGAAUGAAUAAUAUAUUAGCUUGUCAUGGAACUCUUUGAAACAAAAUUGUUAAACAUUGGGCAUGUUUUAACAAAUGAAUAAUUUUUAGUGCACAGAGAAUUACUUUUUUUUCUGUGUGUGCUGAAGGACUGCU